ACCUCCUCCCACCUCCCGCCCAGGCCUGGCUUCCGUCCUGCGCGCGGAGAUUAACGCAAACCCGGAAGCGGAUCGGGUGGAGUGAAGGUCACGUCGCCAUGAUAUCUCUUCCAAAUGCAUGAUGAAAAAGGUGGGAGGAUCACUUGAGCCAGGGAGUUGAAGGCUGCAGUGAGCCCUGUUUUUGCCACCACACUCCAGCCUGGGAUUGAUUUCUAAAGACUCCUGUUACGUGAGGAAGCAGCUCAGAAGAGGAAAGGAAAGGAGCCAGGCAUGGCUCUUCCUCAGGGACGCUUGACUUUCAGGGAUGUGGCUAUAGAAUUCUCAUUGGCAGAGUGGAAAUUCCUGAACCCUUCGCAGAGGGCUUUGUACAGGGAAGUGAUGUUGGAGAACUACAGGAACCUGGAGGCUGUGGGCGGAGUCUACUUUGCCACCCUGGCAGGAGUGCAGUGGUGUGAUCUCGGCUCACUGCAACCUCUGUCUCCCGGGUUCAAGUGAUUCUUGUGCCUCAGCCUCCUAAGUAGCUGUGACUACAGGCACGGACCAUCACACCUGGCUAAUUUUUAUAUCUCUUCCAAACGCAUGAUGAAGGAGGUCUUGUCAACAGGGCAAGGCAAUACAGAAGUGAUCCACACAGGGACAUUGCAAAGACAUCGAAGUUAUCACAUUGGAGACUUUUGCUUCCAGGAAAUUGAGAAAGAAAUUCAUGACAUUGAGUUUCAGUGUCAGGAAGAUGAAAGAAAUGGCCAUGAAGCACCCAUGACAAAAAUAAAAAAGUUGACUGGUAGCACAGACCAACAUGAUCACAGGCAUGCUGGAAACAAGCCUAUUAAAGAUCAGCUUGGAUCAAGCUUUUAUUCACAUCUGCCUGAACUCCACAUAUUUCAGAUCAAAGGUGAAAUUGCUAAUCAACUUGAGAAGUCUACCAAUGAUGCUCCCUCGGUUUCAACAUCCCAAAGAAUUUCCUGUAGGCCCCAAAUCCAUAUUUCUAAUAACUAUGGGAAUAAUCCCCUGAAUUCUUCAUUACUCCCACAAAAACAGGAAGUACACAUGAGAGAAAAAUCUUUCCAAUGUAAUGAGAGUGGCAAAGCCUUUAAUUGUAGCUCACUCUUAAGGAAACACCAGAUACCCCAUUUAGAAGACAAACAAUAUAAAUGUGAUGUAUGUGGCAAGCUCUUUAAUCACAAGCAAUACCUUGCAUGCCAUCGUAGAUGUCACACUGGAGAGAAACCUUACAAGUGUAAAGAGUGUGGAAAGUCCUUCAGUUACAAGUCAUCCCUUACAUGCCAUGGUAGAAUUCAUACUGGAGUAAAACCUUACAAGUGUAAUGAGUGUGGCAAGAUCUUUCGUCAAAAUUCAGCCCUUGUAAUUCAUAAGGCAAUUCAUACUGGAGAGAAACCUUACAAGUGUAAUGAAUGUGGCAAGGCUUUUAAUCAACAAUCACACCUUUCACGCCAUCAAAGACUUCAUACUGGAGUGAAACCUUACAAAUGUAAGAUUUGUGAGAAGGCUUUUGCGUGUCAUUCCUAUCUGGCAAACCAUACUAGAAUUCAUAGUGGAGAGAAAACUUACAAGUGUAAUGAGUGUGGUAAGGCUUUUAAUCAUCAAUCAAGCCUUGCACGUCAUCAUAUACUUCAUACUGGAGAGAAACCUUACAAAUGUGAAGAAUGUGACAAAGUUUUCAAUCAGAAAUCAACCCUUGAGAGACAUAAGAGAAUUCAUACUGGAGAGAAACCAUACAAAUGUAAGGUUUGUGAUACAGCUUUCACGUGUAAUUCACAGCUGGCACGACAUAGAAGAAUUCACACUGGAGAGAAAACUUACAAGUGUAAUGAGUGUCGCAAGACCUUCAGCCGCAGGUCAUCCCUUCUAUGCCAUCGUAGACUUCAUAGUGGUGAAAAACCUUACAAGUGUAAUAAGUGUGGCAAUACCUUCCGUCACUGGGCAUCCCUUGUAUACCAUCGUAGACUUCAUACUCUAGAGAAAUCUUACAAAUGUACGGUUUGUAACAAGGUUUUCAUGCGUAAUUCAGUCCUGGCCGUACAUACUAGAAUUCACACUGCAAAGAAACCUUACAAGUGUAAUGAAUGUGGGAAAGCUUUUAGUCAACAAUCACAUCUUUCACGUCAUCACAGACUUCAUACUGGAGAGAAACCUUACAAAUGUGAAGCAUGUGACAAAGUUUUCGGUCAGAAAUCAGCUCUUGAGUCACAUAAGAGAAUUCAUACUGGAGAGAAACCAUAUAGAUGUCAGGUUUGUGACACAGCUUUCACGUGGAAUUCACAGCUGGCACGACAUACAAGAAUUCACACUGGAGAAAAAACUUACAAGUGUAAUGAGUGUGGGAAGACCUUCAGUUACAAGUCAUCACUUGUAUGGCAUCGUAGACUUCAUGGUGGAGAGAAAUCUUACAAAUGUAAGGUUUGUGACAAGGCUUUCGUGUGUCGUUCCUAUGUGGCAAAACAUACUAGAAUUCAUAGUGGAAUGAAACCUUACAAGUGUAAUGAGUGCAGCAAGACCUUCAGUAACAGGUCAUCCCUUGUAUGCCAUCGCAGAGUUCAUAGUGGUGAGAAACCUUACAAGUGUAAUGAGUGCAGCAAGACGUUCAGUCAGAAGGCAACCCUUCUAUGCCAUCGUAGACUUCAUAGUGGUGAGAAACCUUACAAAUGUAACGACUGUGGCAAUACCUUCCGUCACUGGUCAUCCCUUGUAUACCAUCGUAGACUUCAUACUGGAGAGAAAUCUUACAAAUGUACAAUUUGUGACAAGGCUUUCGUGCGUAAUUCAUACCUGGCAAGACAUAUUAGAAUUCACACUGCAGAGAAACCUUACAAGUGUAAUGAAUGUGGGAAGGCUUUUAAUGAACAAUCACACCUUUCACGUCAUCAUAGAAUUCAUACUGGAGAGAAACCUUACAAAUGUGAAGCAUGUGACAAAGUUUUCAGUCGCAAAUCACACCUUAAAAGACAUAGGAGAAUUCAUACUGGAGAGAAACCUUACAAGUGUAAUGAGUGUGGCAAAGCCUUUAGUGACCGGUCAACGCUUAUUCACCAUCAGGCAAUUCAUGGUGUAGGGAAAUUUGAUUAAUAUAAUGAUUGUCACAAAGUCUUCAGUAACACUACAACGAUUGCAAAUCAUUGGAGAAUCCAUAAUGAAGAGAGAUCUUGCAAGUGUAAUAAAUGUGGCAAGGUUUUCAGACAUUGUUCAUACAUUGCAGUUCAUUGGCAACCUCAUACUGGAGAGAAACCUUACAAAUGUCAUGAUUGAGGCAAGGUCUUCAGUCAAGCUUCAUCCUAUGCAAAACAUAGGAGAAUUCAUACAGGAGAGAAACCUCACAAGUGUGAUGAUUGUGGCAAAGCCUUUACUUCACAUUCACACCUCAUUAGACAUCAGAGAAUCCAUACUGGACAGAAAUCUUGCAAAUGUCAUCAGUGUGGCAAGGUCUUCAGUCUGAGGUCACUCCUUGCAGAACAUCAGAAAAUUCAUUUUUGAGAUAACUGUUCCCAAUGCAGUGAGUAUAGCAAACCAUCAAGCAUUAAUUGACAUUGGAGUCAAUUCAGCAUUGACUUGAGUUUGUGUUGACUUAACAUUGAGUUCAAGCCUUAAUUGACAUUCAGGUGUUUAUGUUAAGAGGAUGGGGCCAGGUGUGGUGGCUCAGGCCUGUAAUCCCAGCACGUUGGAAGACCAAGGCACAUAGGUCACUUGAGGUCAGAAGUUUGAAACCACCAUGGCCAACAGAUGUCGGCCACUUUUGCCAUCUUGUUUUUUGUUUCUUAUUUUCUUAUUUAUUUAUUUAUUUAUUUUGAGAUGGAGUGUCACUCUUGUUGCCCAGCCUAGAGUGCAAUGGUGUGAUCUCAGCUCACCACAACCUCCGCCUCCCGGGUUCAAGUGAUUCCUCUGCCUCAGCCUCCCUAGUUGCUGGGAUUACAGGCAUGUGCCACCACACCCGGCUAAUUUUUUCUGUUUUUAGUAGAGACGGGGUUUCUCCAUAUUAGGCUGGUCUCAAACUCCCGACCUCAGGUGAUCUGCCCACCUUGGCAUCCCAAAGUCCUGGGAUUACAGGCAUGAGCCACCGUACCCGGUCUUGUUUCUUAUUUUCUAUUUUUUAAUUUUUUUGAGAGGCAGGAGAAUGGCGGGUGAACCCAGGAGGUGGAGCUUGCAGUAAGCCCAGAUAGCACCAUUGCACUCCAGCCUGGGAGACAGAGUGAGACUCCGUCUAUUAAAAAAAAAUUAUAAAUAAAAAAAUGUAUUUUAACCAGUUAGUCUGUUUUUCAGUUUCCUUUCCUUAUGUCAUUUGUUAAAAUCUUCAGCUGGGAGCUAUUUGUUGCGUGUUUCCCUCAAGGCCCUCUGGACCAUUCUGGAAAAAUGUUGAAACAUGGGCUGGAGUGGCAUAGAAUGCUCCUCCAAAAGCACCCAUGUAUUCUUUUCCUUUGUUUGUUUGUUUUUUUUUAAAUGGAGUCUCGCUCUGUCGCCUUGGAUGGAGUGCAGUGGUGCGAUCUCAGCUCACUGCAACCUCUGCCUCCCGGGAUCAAGUGAUUCUCCUGCCUCAGUCUCCUGAGUAGGUGAAAUUACAGGCACCUACCAGCACACCUGGCUAAUUUUUGUAUUUUUAGUAGAGACGGGGUUUCACCAUGUUUGUCAGGCUGGUCUCAAACUCCUGACCUCGUGAUCCGCCGGACCCAGCCUCCCAAGGUGCUGGGAUUACAGGCAUGAGCCACCGUGCCCUGCCUCUUUUUUUUUUUUUUUGAGAUGGAGUUUUGCUCUUGUUGUUCAGGCUGGAGUGCAAUGGUGCGAUCUGGUGUCACUGCAACGUCUGCCUCCCGGGUUCAAGGGAUUCUCCUGCCUCAGCAUACCGAGUAGUUGGGAUUACAGGUGCCCUCCACCACUCCUGGCUAAUUUUUUGCAUUGUUAGUAGAGACAGGGUUUUACCAUGUGGGCCAAGCUGGUCUCGAACUCCUGACUUCAGGUGAUCUGCCCACCUUGACCUCCCAAAGUGCUAGGAUUACAGGCGUGAGCCAUCGUGCCUGACGACUCAUGUAUUCUUGAUUGAAAUAAUUUGCUUAUGUCUCAGUUCUACAGUUGACCUUUCACUGUUUUUAAGGUCAAUAACUGUGUGUUUACACUUCUGCAUUUUAUAAAUGUUACUGUGAUUUUCUUGUAAGGAAGAAUUAACUGUCGGGAAUCAAUGUCAUCAGAACUUUGCAAAAGAAGUUUCUUUAGCAUAGGUAUGCGUAAGAUGCUUCUCUCAUUUUCAAGGAUAUGGGUGAUAAGACCAACCCUUCCCAUUAGCCCCUCCAGGCCCCCAUGUAAGACUUCACACACACCUUCUCACUCAUCUCAGACCCUGUCAGUGUAACUUGGUGAAAAUGUGAGCCUCCCUGCAACUUGGCGAUGAGGGGCUUGACCAGAAAAGCUCAACCCGAGUGACUCUGACCCCUGAAAUGACUGGCAAAAUGGAGUGCGAGUCUAGGUGUGGCUUUUUUUUUUUUUUUUUUUUUUUUUUGAGGAUAGGAGUGCCCAGUUGUAAUUAGAAUUUUCUUUCUUUCUUUCUUUCUUUUUUUUUUUUUUGAGACAGAGUCUCGCUCUGUCGCCCAGGCUGGAGUGCAGUGGUGCAAUCUCGGCUCACUGCAAGCUCCGCCUCCUGGGUUCACGCCAUUCUCCUGCCUCAGCCUCCCAAGUAGCUGGGACUACAGGCGCCCACCACCGCGCCUGGCUAAUUUUUUGUAUUUUUAGUAGAGACGGGGUUUCACCCUGGUCUCAAUCUCCUGACCUCGUGAUCCGCCCGCCUCGGCCUCCCAAAGUGCUGGGAUUACAGGCGUGAGCCACUGCUCCCGGCAUCUGAACUUUGUUUUAUUUAUUUUUUUUUUUUUUGAGACAGAGUCUCACUCUUGUCGCCCAGGCUGGAGUGCAGUGGUGUGAUCUCGGCUCACUGCAACUUCCACCUCCCAGGUUCAAGCGAUUCUCGUUCCUCAGCCUCCCGAGUAGCUGGGAUUAUAGGCGUGUGCCACCACGCCCAGCUAGUUUUUAUAUUUUUAGUAGAGACAGAGUUUCACCAUAUUGGCCAGGCUGGUCUUGAACUCCUGACCUCGUGAUCCGCCCGCCUCGGCCUCCCAAAGUGCUGGGAUUACAGGCAUGAGCCACCAUGCCCGGCAGCAUCUGAACUUUUAAUGACUUGGAAUUGUGGGGAAAAGAGAGAGAUCAGACUGUUACUGUGUCUAUGUAGAAAGAAGUAGACAUAAGAGACUCCAUUUUGUUCUGUACUAAGAAAAAUUCUUCUGCCUUGAGAUGCUGUGAAUCUGUAACCCUAGCCCCAACCCUGUGCUCGCAGAAACAUGUGCUGUGUCAACUCAAGGUUAAAUGGAUUAAGGGCUGUUCAGGGUGUGCUUUGUUAAACAAAUGCUAGAAGACAGCAUGCUUGUUAAAAGUCAUCACCACUCCUUACUCUCAAGUACCCAGGGACACAGAACACUGUGAAAGGCCGCAGGAACCUCUGCCUAGGAAAGCCAGGUAUUGUCCAAAGUUUCUCCCAUGUGAUAGCCUGAGAUAUGGCCUCAUGGGAAGGGAAAGACCUGACCAUUCCCCAGCCCGACACCUGUGCUGAGGAGGAUUAGUGAAAGAGGAAGGCCUCUUUGCAGUUGAGAUAAGAGGAAGGCACCUGUCUCCUGCUGGUCCCUGGGCAAUAGAAUGUCUCCUUGUAAAGCCCGAUUGUAUAUUCCAUCUACUGAGAUAGGAGAAAACUGCCUUAGAGCUGGAGGUGAGACAUGCUGGAGGCAGUACUGCUCUUUAAGGCAUUGAGAUGUUUAUGUAUAUGCACAUCAAAAGCACAGCACUUUUUCCUUUACCUUGUUUAUGACAGAGACAUUUGUUCAGGUUUUCCUGCUGACCCUCUCUCCACUAUUACCUUAUUGUCCUGCCACAUCCCCCUCUCUGAGAUGGUAGAGAUACUGAUCAGUAAAUACUGAGGGAACUCAGAGGCCGGUGCAGGCGCGGGUCCUCUGUAUGCUGAGUGCUGGUCCUGUAGGCCAACUUUUCUUUCUCUGUACUUUGUCUCUAUGUCUCUUUCUUUUCUCAAAUCUCUCCGUUCCACCUGACGAGAAACGCCCACAGGGGUGGAGGGGCAGCCCACCCCUUCAGGAAUGGAAUGGAAAGUGGAGAUACACGUCAGUGGUACAGGGUGCUUUAUCACAUCAUUGAUUUUAUUAUUUUUUUCUUUUUUUGAGUUGAGUCUCCCUCUAUCACCCAGGAUGGAGUGCAGUGGUGAGAUUUUGGCUCACUGUAGCUUCCACCUUCCGGAUUACAGUGAUUCUGUUGCCUGAGCCUCUCGAGUAGCUGGGAUUAGAGAUGCACGCCACCACGCUUGUAACGGCAGGAUGUGAUGUGUGUGCAUGAAUACAUGGUUGGAUAAGCCCAUGGUUUAUGUAGAAAACACAUGAUUUGCAAUAAGGUAUAUUUUUUAUAGUUGUUAUGAUUGUAAGUAUUUUUCAUUUUUGUUAACUAUCACAAUGAUGAGUUAUUAGUAAGGAUUGGCCAGGUGAGGUGGCUCACGCCUGUAAUCCCAGCACUUUGGGAGGCCCAGGUGGGUGAAUCACAAGGUCAGGAGUUUGAGAUCAGCCUAGGCAAAAUGGUGAAACGCCAUCUCAACUAAAAAUUAGCCAGGCCUGGUGGCAGGUGACUGUAAUGCCAGCUACUCGGGAGGCUGAGGCAAGAGAAUUGCUUGAACCUGGGUGGAAGAAGUUGCAGUGAGCCAAGAUCGUGCCACUGCACUCCAGCCUGGGUGAUAGAGUGACACUCCUCAAAAAAAAAAUUUAAAAACGUCAUAAUUAUUAAUAUUAUUAUUAUUACAGGCAUGAGCCACUGUGCUUGGCCUGCCUCUGUUUUCACAGACACAACUCUUCCUACUCAGCCAAGGGAUCCUUCUUCACAUCCAUGGUCUCUACAUUGCUGUACUCCUCGUAGACUUUACUCAUUUUUUGUGUGUGUAUGAAAUUCUGGAAUCUACACAAGGCAUAUUUUUGAGUAUAUGCUUGAAACUAGAAAUCAGAGGCCAUUUUACCUAAGAGCUGUAAAACUGCUUUCACCUCAGCCACCAUACUGCUGAUUUUUUGGAUCUCGUUCAUUCUUGUCCCUUGCCCAUAUUGUAAUUUGCAUAGUUAACCUUGGGUCAGUAUUUUAUCAUUUGCUAAAUUAGUUCCACUUUCCUCCAAGCUCAAAACUUGGUCUAUCCUAGUGGAAUUAUAUUCCCACAGAUGUGCAUGCACAAAGUUCACUCCUACAUGCCCAUUACUUCCUGCCCUCCACCCUUGCCCUCCUUUUCCUGGCCUUGCUUCACAUGGUACAUUGAUUUGGAUGCAAAAUACUGUUGCUUUCCAGCCUAUUGAUUUUGUAAUAGUGAACACCCCAAUUUCCCCGUGAGCCCCUCCCCUCCAACACUACUUUCACUGAGUAAGUCAAGACCUUAUUCAUCCACUGGACAAAAUUAUAGGAGGCUGCUUAAAUCAGUGUGUGCAGGGCAUGAUGACUCAGCACAUGAUCCAUGAGGAAUGGAUUUAGCAUCAGUGUCAGCAGCACAGCUCAGCCCUUAUAUCUUCCUUGAUGUACUUCUAUCUGUUCUUUUUUUCUCUUUAUAUAUAUAUAUAUAUAUAUAUAUAUACAUUUUUUAUUAUACUUUAAGUUCUAGGGUACAUGUGCACAACGUGCAGGUUUGUUACACAUGUAUACAUGUUCCAUGUUGGUGUGCUGCACCCAUUAACUCAUCAUACUUCUUUCUGUUCUUGUAUUUUCUGUGACUGGUCAUUUUCUGUACUUUCUUGGCAGACUAUUGUGCUUAAAAACAUGGGAUCCUUCAGGCCCAUGAUCAAGUUUGUCCCUCACUUACCGUAUGUGCAAAUUGGGGUCAUGUACAUGAACACACUGGCCUGCUGUACUUAUUUGAGAAAUAAUGUUAAUUUGCCUCCAGAUUUUUUUUUUUUUUUGAGACGGAGUUUCGUUCUUGUUGCCCAGGCUGGAGUGCAAAGGCGCAAUCUCGGUUCACCGCAACCUCUGCCUCCCAGGCUCAAGCGAUUCUCCUGCCGGAGGCUCCCAAGUAGCUGGGAUUACAGGCGUGUACCACCACACCCAGCUAAUUUUGUAUUUGUAUUAGAGAUGGUGUUUUUCCAUGUUAGUCAGACUGCUCUCAAGCUCCCGACCUCAGGUGAUCCACCCACCUCAGUCUCCCAAAGUGCUGGAAUUACAGGCAUGAGCCACGGUGCCUGGCUGCCUCCAGGGUUUUAAAACAAAUUAGUGCUAUUAGAUGGCUUCACAUAUUGCAGGUUUUAUGCUACAGGCUCUAAACUUCCUUUGUGUAAUAAGAUGUGUCAGCCUUCCCUGAUGUUGAUGAUGGCAUGCUCCUUUUCCUGUCUCCCUCAUUUCACUGUCCUGUUAGAAAUAGCUUAGACUGGCUGGCCACGGUGGCUAACACCUCUAAUGCCAGCACUUUGGGAGGCCAAGGUGGAUAGAUCACUUGAGGUCCAGAGUUUGAGACCAGUCAGUUAAUCUCAGCACUUUGGGAGGCUGAGACUGGUGGAUCACCUGAGGUCAGGAGUUUGAGAGCAGCCUAGCCAACAUGGUGAAACCCUUUCCCUACUAAAAGUACAAAAAUUACCUGGGUGUGGUGUAACAUGCCUGAAAUCUCAGCUGCAUGGGAGGCUGAGGCAGUAGAAUCAUUUGAUCCCUGGAGGUGGAGGUUGCAGUGAGCCAAGAUCAUGCCAUUGCACUCUAGCCUGGGCAACAAGAGAAAAACUCCAUCUCAAAAAUAAAUAAAGAAAGAAAAAAUAUAAAUAAAAGCACCAGUCUUAUUCACAUGUAGUCGACACCCAUGACCAAAUUCUCUCAAAGGCCCCAUCUGCAGGAACAUCCAAUUGGAGAAUAAGAACUCUGAACAUGGCUUUUGGCCAAUAUGAACACUCAGACCAGGGAGCCUGCAUCAUAUUUUUUAUGUUUUUAUUGUGCAAUUUGUUUUAUAAAAUGUUUUCUCUGAUCCAAGUUUAUAAAUUUUCCCAGUAUACAGUCUGUGUUUUAUAUUUCAUGCAUAGUGAACUACAUAACUAAGGGCAAUGCAUGUACAUAGAAUUGCGGUAUCGCCUGGCUGUUAUAUAACUGUAGUUGUGAUAUCAUAAUUGAACCCUCUGACACUGUUAGUCAAUUCUUUUUUUUUUUUGGAGACAGAGUCUUGCCCUGUUACCCAGGCUGGAGUGCAAUGGCAUGAUCUCGGCUCACUGCAACCUACGCCUCCUCGGUUCAAAUGAUUCUUCUGCCUCACCCUCCAGAGUAGCUGGGAUUACAGUUGCCUUCCACCGUGCCCAGCUAAUUUUUUUGUAUUUUUAGUAGAGAUGGGGUUUCACCAUGUUGGCCAGGCUGGUCUCGAACUCCUGACCCCGUGAUCUGCCCUCCUCUGCCUCCCAAAGUGCUGGGAUUGCAGGCCUGAACCACCGCACCCUGUCGUUAGUCAAUUCUUACUCCUUAUAAUGCUGUGUAUUUACUUGAACUCAUACAUCACAAGGUAGUGAUCUUAAAUGUAUUUCAGUUCUUAUAGUGUGUGCUGGUGGUAAGUAGAAGUUGUGGCGUUUUUCUUAAGAGGGAAUUGUUUAGAGGUCUGCUGGCUGUAUAAAUGUACUUAUUAUUUCCUUGCUAGUCUUAUCAUGGGUUACAAUAUUUUAUUAAUUAAUUUUUAUGAUUUUACAUAAGGCUUUUCAGUAAGUGGUAUGCCUGGGAAACAUGGUGAGACCCCCGUUUCUGCAAAAAAUACAAAAAUUAGCUGGGAAUGAUGGCACAUGCCUGCAGUAUCAACUACUGUGGAGUCUGCAGUGGGAGGAUGGCUUGAGCCUGGGAUGUCAAGACUAUAGUGAGCUGUAAUCAUGCUACUGCACUCCAGCAUGGUUGACAGAGCAAGAUGCUGUCUAAAAAAGAAUACUUAUUGUAAAGUUUGGGUACAGGAAUAAUGAAGUCAUUGAUAGUUUAUGAACAGGCUAUAGAGUUGAUGCCCAAAAGAAAUAAACAGUUUGUAAAUGAAUAACUCAUUUUGAGUUGUGACAAGACAAUGUUGAAAGUGAUGCAUGAAGCGGCAGGCAGACCAUCCACAUCAGUUUUACAGAAAAAAAGUUAAUCUUGUUCGUGCUGCAGUGAAGAGAACUAACAGCAACCAGGAGAAACAAUAGUCAGGAAUUCAAUAAUAGCCUGGUUAACAUGAUGAAACCCCGUCUCUACUAAAAAUACAAAGAUUAGCUGGGCACAGUGGUGGGCACCUGUAAUCUCAGCUACUCAAGAGGCUGAGGCAGAAGAAUCGCUUGAACCCGGGAGGCGGAAGUUUCGAUGAGCCGGGAGCCUGCCAUUGCACUCCACCCUGGGCAACAAGAGCAAACCUCUGUCUAAAACAAACAAACAAACAAAAAGGUCUAGCCCCCUCUCCUCCUUUCUCCACCAUCGUGGUGUGUGCUUGACUCCACUUCUUGUCAUGUCUUCUCACAAGACUUUCAGGAUUAAGCGGUUUCUGGCCAACAACCAAAAGUAAAAUCGUCCGAUUUCCCAGUGGAUUCGAAUGAAAACUGGCAAUAAAAUCAGGUCCAACUGUAAAAGGAGACAUUGGAGAAGAACCAAGCUGGGUCUAUAAGGAAUUGCACGUGAGAUGGCACACAUAUUUAUGCUGUGUGAGCAUCAUAAUCACGUUACUCAAGCUGAAAAUGUCACUACCAUCUGGAGACUUGGACAUGUUUUAUUGGGAAUAUAUAUUUUUCUCUCUAAAUCUGUUAUGAACGCGUUGGUUGGGUGGGUUCAGUAAUAAACAUGUGAGACCUUUCA